GGAAGCAGUCAGGGAGUCUACAGGGGAGGGGGUUUGGUCGUCAGAUCAUUGCAGAGAGGCUGGUGGUGUGCGCUCUCUCUCUCCGCAGGGCCACAGACUGACUACUCCCCUUUCUCUCCAAUAUGGACUGGACGCGGCCGAUUCUGCACUCUGUUUCCUAACGAGGCGCGACGCAAACUACGCCUGUUGUGGAACAUCUCAGAUGGAGUCGAUCAUAUGCGAAGAUCGAAGCCCGUGAGAUCUGGAAUAUACACACCUUUUACCUUUUGCUGCGCUUUCUGAAACGGUCUCUGAAACUACGCCCGCUUUUCCUGCGCUUCUUCUGGCUGUUGCAGCAUCCUUUUCGAACCGUUUCCGAGCCAAUCGCGCCGAUUUGAUUAUCGAUUAUCAGCAAGCGGCGCUGGUAUCAUGUUUCUUAGGUAGGGCCCGGAUGUUCCAAAGAUGCACUGGUUCGUUUUCUUAGGUGGCUCCUGCGAAUAUCCUUUCCUGAUCUUUAGCUCCAUAAUGGGGAUCAGGUAAUAUUAACUAAGCCGCGAGAGAAGGAAUAUCUUACGCUUUGCGUUUUUCAUUUUUUGCUUCCCCCUUUUUCUUUCAUUUCUUUCCCUUGGGUUGUUUUUUCCUACCCCCUUCUCUUUUUUUACAACCUUUUCUUCAUUUACCUUCGGAUAAAGCUGGACCACAUAUAUGGUAAAUGAAAGCAAAAACAUGUACAUACCGGAGGACACCCUUGAAAACCAUCAAGGCUCCAACUAUUCCAGUCCGUCGUUGGCUCCGGUCCCCAGUCUGAAUGAGGACGAGGGUGUGGGGGGCGGGGGUGGGGUGUUGGGUCUUGCACCUGAACACAUUCCCACCCCUGGCGCCCCCCUUAGCUGGCAGGCAGCCAUCGACGCGGCACGGCAGGCCAAGCUGAUGGGCACCACCGGAGCCCCGAUCUCCACCAUAAGCUCCACGCAGCGCAAACGCCAGCACUACACCAAACCCAAGAAACAGGCCAGCACUGCCUCCACACGCCCACCCCGAGCCCUUCUCUGCCUCACUCUUAAAAACCCCAUCCGCAGGGCGUGCAUCAAUAUCGUGGAAUGGAAACCGUUUGAAAUCAUAAUUUUGAUGACUAUUUUUGCAAACUGUGUGGCCUUAGCUGUCUACAUCCCUUUCCCUGAGGAUGAUUCCAACGCAACCAACUCAAACCUGGAACGGGUGGAGUAUCUCUUUCUGAUCAUUUUUACGGUGGAGGCGUUUCUGAAAGUUAUUGCAUACGGGCUGCUGUGUCAUCCUAAUGCGUACCUGCGGAAUGGCUGGAACCUGUUGGAUUUCAUCAUUGUGGUGGUAGGGCUCUUCAGUGCAAUAUUAGAGCAGGCCACUAAAGGAGACGGUGGGACUUCAAUGGGAGGCAAGGCUGCGGGGUUUGAUGUUAAAGCCCUGCGAGCCUUUAGAGUGUUGAGACCUCUGAGACUCGUGUCUGGAGUACCUAGUUUACAGGUGGUGCUGAACUCCAUCAUUAAAGCCAUGGUUCCCCUCCUGCACAUCGCUCUGCUCGUUCUGUUCGUCAUCAUCAUUUAUGCUAUCAUCGGCCUCGAGCUCUUCAUGGGCAAGAUGCACAGAACCUGUUUUUUCUUCAAAGAUGGACACAAAGGUCCUAUAUCUGAAGAGAAGCCAGCCCCCUGCGCCCCAAGCUCCGCCCAUGGACGACACUGCUCCCCGGCCAACUUAACACAGUGCAUGAUGGGAUGGGAGGGUCCAAAUGACGGAAUCACAAACUUUGAUAACUUUGCAUUUGCCAUGCUGACUGUGUUUCAAUGCAUCACGAUGGAGGGCUGGACUGACGUCCUGUACUGGAUGCAGGAUGCCAUGGGUUAUGAGCUUCCGUGGGUCUAUUUUGUCAGUCUGGUCAUCUUUGGAUCCUUUUUCGUUCUAAAUCUGGUUCUGGGUGUGUUGAGCGGAGAGUUCUCUAAAGAGCGAGAAAAGGCCAAAGCUCGCGGCGAUUUCCAGAAGCUCCGUGAGAAGCAGCAGCUGGAGGAGGAUCUGAAGGGCUACCUGGACUGGAUCACGCAGGCGGAGGAUAUCGACCCUGAGAAUGACGACGAGGGACUGGAUGACGACAAACCUAGAAAUCGGAAGACUCAUCGUUUACAGUACAUCCGUGGAGCGGUGAAGAAAAAAGCGGCUCUGCUUCGUAAGGCGUUGAGUAUGCCGGCGAGUGAAAAUGAGUCAGUGAACACUGAUAAUGCUCCAGCUGGAGACAUGGAAGGAGAGACCUGCUGUACCCGUAUGGCAAAUAGGAUCUCCAAAUCCAAAUUCAGUCGAUAUUCACGCCGGUGGAAUCGGUUAUGCCGGCGCAAGUGCCGCGCAGCAGUGAAGUCAAAUGUGUUCUACUGGCUGGUGAUUUUCCUGGUAUUUUUGAACACACUUACCAUUGCCUCAGAGCACCAUCAGCAGCUAGACUGGCUCACCAAUGUUCAAGAUAUCGCCAAUAAGGUGUUGCUUGCUCUUUUUACCGGUGAGAUGCUGCUGAAGAUGUACAGCCUGGGCCUACAGGCCUAUUUCGUCUCCCUUUUUAACCGCUUCGACAGUUUUGUGGUGUGCGGUGGGAUUCUGGAGACCAUCCUGGUGGAGACAAAGAUCAUGUCACCCCUCGGUAUCUCUGUGCUGCGCUGCGUACGUCUGCUCCGCAUCUUCAAGAUCACCAGGUACUGGAACUCUCUCAGUAAUCUGGUUGCGUCUCUACUGAAUUCGGUGCGUUCGAUCGCGUCCCUGCUUCUGCUGCUCUUCCUGUUCAUCAUCAUCUUCAGUCUGCUUGGAAUGCAGCUCUUUGGUGGCAAGUUCAACUUCGAUGAGACCCGCCGCAGCACCUUUGAUAAUUUCCCCCAGUCUCUCCUCACCGUCUUUCAGAUUUUAACCGGUGAGGACUGGAACUCUGUGAUGUAUGAUGGCAUCAUGGCCUAUGGAGGGCCCUCCUUUCCUGGCAUGCUCGUCUGCAUUUAUUUCAUCAUCCUCUUCAUCUGUGGAAACUACAUCCUCCUGAAUGUCUUCUUGGCCAUUGCCGUGGACAACUUGGCAGACGCCGAAAGUCUGACAUCAGCACAGAAAGAGGAAGAGGAGGAGAAAGAGAGGAAGAAACUAGCCAGAACGGCUAGUCCCGAGAAGCGCCAGAACUCUGAGAAACCACCUCUGGAGGAUAAAAAGAAAGAGGAAAAGAUUGAACUAAAAUCCAUCACUUCUGAUGGAGAGACACCAACUGCCACCAAGAUCAACAUAGAUGAGUACACGGGGGAGGAGAACGAAGAGAAGAAUCCAUAUCCUGUGAACGAUUUCCCAGCAGGAGCGGAGGACGAGGAAGAGCCAGAGAUGCCAGUAGGUCCUCGUCCACGUCCACUCUCCGACAUUCAGCUGAAGGAGAAAGCCAUCCCCAUGCCAGAAGCCAGAGCUUUCUUUAUUUUCAGCCCCAGUAACAAGUUCAGGGUUUUGUGUCAUAAGAUUGUAAACCACAACGUCUUCACCAAUUUAAUCCUGUUCUUUAUACUGCUGAGCAGCAUUUCACUGGCAGCGGAGGACCCAGUGAAGAAUGACUCAUUCAGGAAUCAGAUUCUAGGCUAUGCAGAUUAUGUGUUUACAGGAAUCUUCACCAUAGAGAUCAUAUUAAAGAUGACAGCGUAUGGAGCGUUCCUACAUAAGGGUUCAUUUUGUCGAAAUUAUUUUAAUAUUUUGGAUCUGGUGGUGGUCAGUGUGUCUCUGAUCUCCUCUGGAAUUCAGUCAAGUGCCAUUAAUGUAGUGAAGAUUCUCAGAGUGCUGAGGGUAUUGAGGCCCCUGAGAGCAAUCAACAGAGCCAAGGGCCUCAAACAUGUGGUCCAGUGUGUGUUUGUAGCCAUCCGCACCAUUGGGAAUAUCGUCAUCGUCACCUCUUUGCUGCAGUUCAUGUUUGCCUGUAUUGGUGUUCAACUCUUCAAGGGCAAAUUCUACUACUGCACAGACACCUCUAAACAGACACAGGCCGAUUGCAGGGGGUCAUACAUAUUGUACAAGGAUGGGAAUGUUGGGAAGCCAGAGAAAGCUCUGCGUUCAUGGGAGAAUAGUGAUUUCAACUUUGAUGAUGUUCUGCAGGGCAUGAUGGCUCUGUUUGCCGUGUCUACUUUUGAGGGUUGGCCAGCGCUCCUCUACAGAGCCAUUGACUCCCAUACAGAGGAUGUUGGGCCGAUCUACAACUACCGGGUGGUCAUCUCUAUAUUCUUCAUCAUCUACAUCAUCAUCAUCGCCUUCUUCAUGAUGAACAUAUUUGUAGGUUUCGUGAUUGUGACAUUUCAGGAGCAGGGAGAGCAAGAGUACAAGAACUGUGAGCUGGACAAGAACCAGCGUCAGUGUGUGGAAUAUGCCCUGAAGGCUCGCCCCCUGCGCAGGUACAUCCCCAAGAACCCGUAUCAGUACAAGGUUUGGUACGUGGUGAACUCCACCUACUUUGAGUACCUGAUGUUCACCCUCAUUCUUCUCAAUACCAUCUGCCUGGCCAUGCAGCAUCAUGGUCAAUCUCAGUCCUUCAACAAAGCCAUGAAUAUCCUCAAUAUGUUGUUCACCGGCCUCUUCACUGUGGAAAUGAUCCUCAAACUCAUCGCCUUCAAACCAAGGCAUUAUUUUGUUGAUGCAUGGAACACGUUUGAUGCCCUUAUUGUAGUGGGUAGUGUUGUUGAUAUAGCCAUCACAGAGGUUAACGGACUCCAAAACACUGAAGAUAACGCCAGGAUCUCAAUCACGUUCUUUCGGCUGUUCCGCGUGAUGAGGCUGGUGAAGCUCCUGUCUCGGGGAGAGGGCAUUCGGACGCUACUCUGGACAUUCAUUAAAUCCUUUCAGGCUCUUCCCUAUGUUGCUUUGCUGAUCGUAAUGCUGUUCUUCAUCUAUGCCGUCAUUGGGAUGCAGAUGUUUGGUAAGAUUGGCCUGAGGGACAACAGCCAGAUCAACCGAAACAACAACUUCCAGACGUUUCCUCAGGCUGUUCUGCUGCUCUUCAGGUGUGCAACAGGGGAGGCAUGGCAGGAAAUCAUGCUGGCCUGUUCCCCGAACCGCCCGUGUGAGAAGGGGUCAGAGGUCGGCAAUUCCAGUGAAGACUGUGGCAGCCACUUUGCCAUCAUCUACUUUGUCAGCUUUUAUAUGCUCUGCGCCUUCCUGAUCAUUAACCUCUUUGUGGCCGUCAUCAUGGACAACUUUGACUAUUUAACACGUGAUUGGUCAAUAUUGGGGCCGCAUCAUCUGGACGAGUUCAAGAGGAUAUGGGCGGAAUACGAUCCUGAGGCCAAGGGUCGGAUAAAGCACCUGGAUGUGGUGACGUUACUGCGCAGGAUUCAGCCUCCCCUUGGAUUUGGAAAGCUUUGUCCACAUAGAGUGGCUUGCAAGCGGCUUGUGUCCAUGAACAUGCCUCUCAAUAGCGACGGAACGGUGAUGUUCAACGCUACUCUCUUUGCCCUAGUACGGACGGCUUUACGAAUCAAAACUGAAGGUAACCUGGAACAAGCGAAUGAGGAACUCAGGGCCAUCGUGAAGAAGAUCUGGAAGAGGACGAGCAUGAAGCUGCUGGAUCAAGUUGUUCCCCCUGCUGGAGAUGAUGAAGUAACAGUGGGGAAGUUCUAUGCCACAUUCCUGAUUCAGGAAUACUUCAGGAAAUUUAAGAAGCGCAAGGAACAGGGCCUGGUGGCCAAAAUUCCCCCAAAGACUGCGCUUUCACUGCAGGCUGGCCUGCGUACACUGCAUGAUAUGGGUCCUGAGAUCAGAAGAGCGAUAUCAGGAGACCUGACCGUGGAGGAGGAAUUGGAGAGAGCCAUGAAAGAAACCGUGUGUACUGCUUCUGAGGAUGAUAUCUUCAGGCGGUCUGGGGGCCUCUUCGGUAACCACGUCAACUACUAUAACCAGAGUGAUGGUCACGCCUCCUUCCCACAAUCCUUCACAACACAGCGGCCAUUGCACAUCAGUAAAUCCGGGAGUCCCGGGGAGGCAGAAUCUCCCUCUCAUCAGAAGCUCGUCGACUCCACCUUCACUCCGAGCAGUUACUCUUCCUCAGGAUCCAACGCAAACAUCAACAACGCCAACAACACAGCCAUCGGACACCGGUAUCCCAAACCUACCAUCAGCACAGUGGACGGACAAACGGGGCCUCCCCUCACCACCGUCCCACUGCCACGGCCCACAUGGUGCUUUCCUAAUAAGAGGAGCUGUUUCUAUGAUUCUUUCAUGCGCUCUGAUUCCAGUGACAGUCGUCUCCCUAUAAUACGCAGAGAGGAAGCGUCUACGGAUGAGACGUACGAUGAAACAUUUCUAGAUGAGAGAGAUCAGGCCAUGCUCUCAAUGGACAUGCUGGAAUUUCAGGAUGAAGAGAGCAAGCAGUUGGCUCCCAUGGUGGAGGCGGAUGUAGAGGAGGAGAGGAGGCUGUGGCAGUCUCCACGGCGCCGGGCCUUUCUCUGCCCCACUGCACUGGGUCGACGGUCUUCCUUUCACUUGGAGUGUCUGAGAAAACAUAACAGACCUGAUGUUUCUCAGAAGACAGCACUACCACUGCACCUAGUGCAUCAUCAGGCUCUGGCUGUUGCUGGGUUAAGUCCCUUGCUGAGACGGAGUCAUUCUCCGACGCUGUUCACGCGUCUGUGUUCCACACCUCCUGCGAGUCCCAGCGGCCGCGGCGGGGGAGGGCCGUGCUACCAGCCCGUUCCUUCUCUGCGGUUGGAGGGCAGCGGAUCUUACGAGAAACUCAACAGCAGCAUGCCGUCUGUGAACUGCAGCUCGUGGUACAGCGACAGUAACGGCAACCACAGCAGGAGCGUGCAGAGGAUGCAGCGACCCGUGUCCCUCACGGUUCCGCCGGUCUCGCGCAGAGACUCCACAUCCCUGGCACACGGGAGCGCUGGCAGCCUUGUGGAGGCGGUGUUGAUAUCUGAGGGUUUGGGUCGGUAUGCACACGAUCCCACCUUCAUCCAGGUAGCGAAGCAGGAACUAGCGGACGCCUGCGACAUGACCAUGGAGGAGAUGGAGAAUGCCGCUGACAACAUUCUCAAUGCUAACGCGCCGCCCAACGCCAACGGAAACCUGCUACCCUUCAUGCAGUGCAGAGACACUGGCUCGCAGGAGUCCCAUUGCAGCCACGCACUGGGCCUCUCCACCCCCACAGGCUCUGAUGAGCUGCUGGGGACGGAGUUAGACCAGUCCGAGGGGGCUGGGCAGAGGAACAGCGCUCUGAUGGACGACGAAGAUAUGGAGUGUGUGACGAGCUUGUAGGGGGAACAGCAGCAGCACGGAGGACUUCCUGUCUUAGCCCAGCUCUCUCCAAGGACACUGCUGUCCUGCAGUCUGACCCGUCUGUUGCGUGUACCUACCGUAGGGGUAUAAGGCCAUUCUGCUUAGCUGAGACCGAGUUGGUUUUUAGUUCGUCUGUGUGUUUGCAAGAGCACGAGCGAGUAGGCGUGUGUACAUGUUUGUGUGCGUGUUUCUAAAAGUGCCUCACAGUUCUCACAACCUUGAUUGCAGUAAGGAAAUGAAAAACAACCCUGACCGAGCAGGGAAUUAAGGGAAAAGAUGCGAUGUUGUUGCUCAAGCAGUGGGAUCUGUCUGCCGGUGGGAGGACAGAGCGAGUUUGCGCUGACCUGUGUGUGUGAUGGUAGGACUCGACGGCCGCCUCAUCGGCGGGGACGUGUUGUGCCGAGCAGGUGGAUCUUGUCGGCCCAGGAGCCGUCAGGGGUUCAAGAGAUGCUCAGAGAGACACACUGGAGCGGCUCUCUCAUGCUCGCUCUCUUUCCUUUCACGGGACUGUCCAUCUAUCCAUCCAUCUGUUCAUCAAGAGAAAUGUCAUCCGUCUCCUUUUCGGCUUUCUUGUUCAGUUAAUGAUUUUUGCUGCUUUUUAAAUUUGAUUUCCACCCAU